AAUGAGGCAAAAAAAAACAAAACAGAUUAUUUUCAUCAUUGUCGCAGACCAUCAGUUCGAACUCAACUGCCUUGGUAAAAGGUACAAGUUCAAUCGUUACUAACAUCCUGUGGCGAUUUAUACUCGCCUGAAAGAAUUUGUGGUAUAUAAAUUGAUUGUAUAAUUUUCAUUUGGUUAAACGCCUACUAUGACCAAAUUCACGGUGUAUUUUAUCACAAUUAUAUCGAUCCAAGUGAUUCCAUUGUACUCAGAGAAACUUGAUUUAAAUGGACCGUGGUACAUUGAAAACUCCAACGAAACUAUAAAGUUGGCAAAUGUGCACUUACCAUCGGGUAUAUACACUGCUCUGGAACAGGCUUCUAUCAUUGAAUCAAUUUACGAUGCCAAAAAUGACCUAUCGACAAGAUGGAUCGCAAAAGACAACUGGACUUACUCAAUUGAUGUUCCGUGUGACGUUCUGGCUCUUAGUUAUACACACGUCUUAUUAACUCUUCAUGGAGUGGAUACCUUCUCCAAUGUUUACAUCAACGAAGAACUAUUAGGUGAGACGAGCAAUAUGUUUGUUCGAUAUCGGUUUGAUAUCAAAUCCUCUCUACAAGGAAAGUGCCCAAGUCCAUCAAUCCUUCGUGUUUCGCUUCGGUCACCUGUCGUGGAAGCAGCGAAACUAGCCGACGAAUACGCUCAUUUGAAAGUGGUCCCCGAAUGUCCUCCCGAAACGUACAACGGAGAAUGCCAUGUUAAUAUGAUAAGAAAAAUGCAGGCCAGUUUUUCAUGGGACUGGGGAUUAGCUGCACCAUCAAUGGGAAUAUGGAAGCCAGUGCAAAUAGAUUAUUACCGUUCCGUUGAAAUAAGAGACGUUACAUUCUCGUUGACUGAAGAAGGUGGUGAUUGGAGAAUUUUGAUAGGAUCAUACCUUGAAACAGGUAUUUCGAGCAAGCGAAUACAAGGGAAAAUCAGUUUUGAAUUAUUAGAAUUGCAAACAAAUAGUGAAAAUAAAACGAUAGUAAUUGAUAAGACGAGUAACGAAAAUGGUGAAAUGUUCAUAGAAGCCAUUUUAACUAUACCAAAGGAAUCUGUUCAAUUGUGGUGGCCAAACGGCCAUGGUCCACAGAUAUUGUACAGUUUAUGUGUAAAAUGGGAGGACCAGAUUACAACUGAAGACCCAGCAUCUUACAAACAAGAAUCGGCAGUUGAGAAAACUGUUCGCAUAGGUUUUCGUAGCAUAGAACUUAUACAAGAACCAACAUAUGAUGGAUUGUUGUUUUAUUUUCUAAUUAAUGGCAUUCCUAUAUUCAUGAAAGGAUCAAAUUGGAUACCGUCUUCUAUAUUGCCAGAAAGAUCGUAUGACGAUGACUAUGUGCAAUAUUUACUGAAUGCUGUGCAUGAUACAAACAUGAACAUGCUUCGCGUUUGGGGAGGAGGUGUAUACGAGAGUGACUUCUUCUAUCAACUAGCGGACGAGCUAGGAAUUCUUAUAUGGCACGAUCUAAUGUUCGCAUGCGCCAUGUAUCCUGCGAAUGAUGAGUUCCUAAUAAAUGUUGCUAACGAAGUACACCAGAAUGUGCGACGCAUUCAACAUCAUCCAAGUGUAGCUCUUUGGGCAACCAACAACGAGAAUGAAGUAGCACUGCGACAAAACUGGUACGGAACAGCUUUUGAUGAAGAGGCUUACAUACAAGAUUAUAUAAAAUUGUAUGUAAACGUAGUCCAAUUAGAAAUCCAAAAGGUAGACAAAUGGCGAACUGUAUUAAUAUCGUCCCCUUCGAAUGGUGAUCGAUCAACUGCAGAAGGUCAUAUUGCAGCGAAUCCACAAGAUUCACGAUAUGGAGACGUUCACUAUUACAACUACAUAACUGAUGGCUGGGAUCCGAGUACAUAUUCUGGUGGUCGAUUCAUAUCCGAAUACGGAUACCAAUCCUUUCCGGCGUUUAGUAGCUGGCCUGUUCAAUAUCACGACACUGAGGAAUUAACGGAUCUUAUCGACCACCGCCAACAUAGUCCCCUGGGAAACGAUCCGAUCUUAGUGAUGAUCGAAAUGAAUCUGCCAAUGCCGACAGUGAAUUCUACAAACUAUUGGCGUAACCUCAUAUAUCUUAGCCAAAUAUCACAAGCAAUGAUUGUAAAAACAGAAACUGAAUUAUAUCGAUGUAAGCGGGUAGAACAGGGUACUAUGGGGGCUCUAUACUGGCAGCUCAAUGACGUUUGGAUUGCACCGUCUUGGUCUAGUAUAGAGUAUGGUGGAAAGUAUAAAAUUCUGCACUACUGGAUGAAGCAAGUGUUUACCGAAAAUCAUGUUGUCGGUAGUAUUAAUCCUAUGAGAAUGUUAGAUCUAUAUAUGAUACGAGAUACUUUGGGCAUCGAGGAAAAUUGGACUGUUAGCGUUGAUAUUUACAAUUGGUACUCUUUCACGCCGGUUCAUUCUUUAGUCUUUGAAUCAAUCAGCGUUCCAGAAAAUACUGUUGUCAAAGCGGACCCGUAUGGCAUCUACGAAUACUUCAAUCAACUCGAGUUAGAUCCCAAGAAUCAUAUUUUAAUGCUCCAGCUUCAUUCACAUAACGGAACAAAAUUAUCAGAUAAUUUUGUACUUCUUGAUAAAAUCAAAAAUACAGAACAUAUACCAGAACCAGUUGUUGAAAUUACAAUUACGACAAAGGAAUGCAGCUUGGAAACUAAUAUUGUACGUUAUAGUCUGAAGGUAGACGUAACAUCACCAGUAUUAUUUUUAUACAUGGAUUUGAAACCGGAAAUUCAUACUCUAAAUAGAUGUCAUUUCUCGAACAACGGUUUCAUUCAGUUCACACCAUCGACCGUAAUAAAUUUAGAGUGCCUUGAUGAUACAUGUAAGUCUGAACUAAAAUCUACCGAUAUCGAUGUAAUUACAAUCAACCAAUACUUACAUGGAAAUUCAUAAUAAGUACUGACCAUCUAAGCCUGAACUCUACUCGGACUUUGUUAUUAUUGUUUGAGGAUGUAAUACACAUUACAUAACAGUUAUUUGAAUAAAUUAUUGCAUUUU